GCCGCCAGUGCAACAGAUGGAGGACGCCGUCGCAAUAAAAACUGGUGGAAUAUACAUCCCCCCUCAUCGGAUGGCUCAGAUGAUGCGGGAUGUGCAAGAUAAGAGCAGCGAAGCCUACCAGCGUCUUAGCUGGGAUGCCCUGAGGAAGAGUAUUAAUGGUCUUGUUAACAAGGUGAAUGCUACAAACAUAAAAAACAUUAUUCCUGAACUCUUUUCUGAGAACCUCAUCAGGGGAAGAGGUCUUUUCUGCCGGUCUUGCAUGAAAUCUCAGAUGGCAUCCCCUGGUUUCACUGAUGUUUUUGCCGCUUUGGUUGCGGUUGUGAACACCAAGUUUCCUGAAGUGGGCAAGCUCCUUCUGAAGAGGGUCCUCUUGCAGUUCAAGAGGGCUUUUGCGAGGAAUGAUAAGCCUCAAUUGCUUGCUGCAACUAAAUUUAUAGCACAUCUUGUAAAUCAGCAAGUCGCACAUGAAGUCAUUGCUUUGGAGCUUCUUACAGUGCUGUUGGUAAAUCCCACGGAUGACAGUGUUGAGGUUGCAGUUGGGUUUGUCAAAGAAUGUGGAGCAUUGCUUCAGGAUAUUGUUCCGCUAGGUCUUCAUGGUGUUUUUGAGAGAUUCCGAGGCAUACUGCAUGAAGGAGAAAUAGACAAACGUGUACAGUUUUUGAUUGAAGGCCUUUUUGCCAUACGGAAGGCAAAGUUUCAGGGUUUCCCUGCUAUCCGUGCCGAACUAGACCUUGUGGAGCAAGAGGAUCAAUUUACACACGAGAUGUCGUUUGAGGAUGAGAUAGAUCCAGAGACUAACCUUGAUGUUUUCAAGUCAAAUGUACAAUUCCUUGAGGAUGAGAAGGCUUAUGAGAGUCUCAAGAAAAGUAUUAUUGGGGAUGCUUCUUCUGAUGACGAAUCAGGUUCUGAAGAGGGCUUGGAUGUAGAGGAUGGUGAAGAAUCCGAAGAAGAGGAUGAUGAACAGUUAAAGAUUACGGAUGAGACUGAAACAAACUUGGUCAAUUUGCGGAGAACUAUUUACCUCACAAUAAUGUCAAGUGUUGACUUUGAGGAGGCUGGCCAUAAAUUAUUGAAAAUAAAACUUGAGCCUGGACAAGAGAUGGAACUGUGCAUAAUGCUGUUGGAAUGCUGCAGCCAGGAGAGAACAUAUCUGCGUUAUUAUGGUCUUUUGGGGCAAAGAUUUUGCUUGAUCAACAAAGUUCACCAAGAGAAUUUUGAAAAAUGCUUUGUGCAGCAAUAUUCCAUGAUACAUCGUCUUGAAACAAAUAAACUUAGAAACGUCGCAAAAUUUUUUGCCCAUUUGCUGGGGACCGAUGCACUGCCUUGGCAUGUUCUGGCAUACAUCCGCUUAACCGAGGAAGAUACAACUUCAUCCUCUCGAAUUUUCAUAAAAAUUCUUUUCCAGGUAUUUUCCUGAAACAUCUUUCUUGGCAUACGCCUGCUAAAUGAACGGCUUAAUGACCCGAGUAUGCAGGAUUCAUUUGAAUCUAUUUUCCCCAAGGAUAAUCCUAAGAACACCAGAUUUUCUAUCAACUUCUUCACUUCCAUUGGUCUUGGUGGCAUCACAGAGAGCUUACGAGAGUAUUUGAAGAAUAUGCCAAGACUUAUAAUGCAGCAACAAAAGCCUGUUUCAGAUUCUUCUGGUGAUGAAUCUGAUAGCUCCGGCGACUCUAGCAAGGAUGGUUCUUCCCUCAGUUCUGAUUCAGAUUCGGAGUCUGAAUCAAGUUCUGAUGACAGUCGGCAGCAUCUCAAGAAGCAGAGAAAGCGAUAAUGAACUAUUUCGGAGGAUUGUCUACAUUAUUCUCUCUCCCCAACAUGUAAAUAUCACUUCAACUAGAUUUAAUCUUUUUUAUUGCAUGGCACUGACUAGACUAGAUUUUCACUUUGGUAGACUGUAUUAUUAUUUCUGUAUAUCUCAAUAAUUUUGUAGAUGCUGGGUAAUCUAUCACAUAAUUUUGCUGUAAGCUGAUUUUAUGAACUCAUUGUUGCUUUUAUGAGCUGCCCAAUUGUUCAAAGGUGGUGUUAAAGAA